AGAGAGUAAAUGUUAAGAAAUAAAAGUUUAGGAAAGAGCAUGGAAUGAUAGAAUAAUAAAAUCUGAAUAAAUAUUGCAUUUGAGAACAAAAGAGAGUUUGAAUAAGAAGAGAUUACCUAAGAUAUAAAAUACAACAGUAUCAAUAGUGUAAAAAUACAUCAAUAUGCAUAAUUCUUAAAAAUAGAAGGAUGAAAUGGAAGAAUGUGAAUAGAAAAUAUUCAAAAUAAAAUUAGACUAAUUAGGAAGCUUAUAUAAAGUGUAUAAUAUUCCAAAAGUACAUUAAGUAUAUUAUUUAUAUAAUGAAAUAAAGGAUGUCUUUAAUAGAUUAUUGGAAGCAUCUUAAAAUAAAAAAGUAGUAUUAGAAGAGGAAUUAAAUUUAAUGAAUUAAAAAUUAGCUCCAGUAUAACAUUGUAUGUUUGUAAUAAAUGCAAGAGAGAAUUGUUUAAAAUAAGUUUUAAGUAUAUUAAAAGAGAAUAAUAAUAAUAAUGAAGUUGAUAAAAUAAAAGAUAAAUUAAAAGAUCUUAGAAUGAUUAACAUAAACACAAUAGAAUGCAUAGUAAAGUGGCAAUAAUAUUUUAAUAAUAAAAAUAUGGGUUGUAUAUUUAAAUUAGAUGACAAUGUUCCAUAUUAGGAGAGAUUGUAUAGUGAUUAUUAAGAAUUAAGACCAUUUCUUGAAGAUUUGUUCAAAGUUUCAGAUUAGAGAGAUCCUUUCUUUAUUUAAUUAUUAGAGAAAGGAGAAUAAAGAUUAUACAUUAGAAUAAGAAGAGCAGAAGCUGAAUUAUUGAAUUUGAUAGUUAACAAUAUUUAUUUUAAAUGA